CUCAUGCUUUGGCUCUUAUAAUAGGUUAUUUCCCAUACAUGUGGUAAAAGGAUUUAUGAACCGCCCUGGCGCGAUUUGCAACGCGGGAAAUACUUGCAGAAGUAGGAGCACACAUUGUAUCCACAUUGACAGUGUGAACCUUACCAUUUUUUUGUAAAUUAAUUAAUUUUUGUGCUAUUUCUUAUAAGGAAUUGUGGCGCGGUUUUCUACGUCAUUGGAAAUGAAGAAUAUUUUCACUCCUGAUUGAAUAGCUGAAUUUUGUGGGACACUUUCAGUCUUAUAGCUGCUUAACCCAAUCUUUUAUAAGAAGGCUAUUUUGCUAAAGUUAGGUUACUUGACAGCAAAGCUGGGUAAAUAGCUUUUUAUUUUAAUGGCAAGUGAUUCCUGAACAUUGUGAUACAAUUUUAGAUUUUAUCAGCUUUUGACACAUUCGUCUUUCAUCUCAACGAUGGCCGAGAACAAGCAUCCUCAAGUAAUUUUUUGCAACGACUCUCCAAAGAGGGUCCUGGUGUCUGUGAUCAAAACCACCCCGAUCAAGCCCAGGAAGAGCGAGUCUCUGAUACCGAUCAGCCCUGGAUUCAGCGACUUCAUGGUGUACCCGUGGAGGUGGGGGGAGAACGCCCAUAAUGUGAGCCUGAGCCCGGGCUCCGUGAACGGGGCUGCCUCCCCUACCGGGACCAACACCGCCAGCGAGGCGGACAUGGGUGCCUCCCCUGACCAGAUGAAGGUAGGAUAAGUUUGAGGUUGUUUUUCAUGUUGUUUAGCCUAAUAGCAUUGUGUUGUGUUGAAGUUGAAAUCCUAUCCGGUAGGCUACUUUAAAUCUUGCAUGAAUUGUGUCUGGUAUGACGCCGUAAUAACUGAAACAUUAGCAUUUAUUUGCAUGUAACUUUCAGUUGUUUGUUGUAUUAAAUAAUCUUGCAAUGAAUGUGAUUAUCGGUUACUUUGCUUCAACUUUAGAAUCUUAGUGAUCAUGUUACAUUCACAGGAUGGCUAGGCCGCUGGCAAGAUAAAAGUUAACUUUACACUGCAUCAUUGAAUGAUGCAAUCUAGACGCAAUCUGAAUAGCUGUCCAAGUUUUUUAUAAGGGUCCGUAUCUUUGAUACAGUGCUUGUAAACAAAAAUAAAGUAUUUUGAGUGAAACGGAUACUCGGAAAAGUGUAUUAAAAAAACGCCCGCGCUCACGGGGUGACAUGAUGGAUUUUAAACCCCAGGCAGCUGUCAUAUGUGACGUUGCGUCGCCCGCCAAAAAUGUUACCGGAUGUGCUUGGAAUAAAUUAAUACAUGCACCUUUCAGCACCAUUCAUUGAACAAAAUAUAAUGUAGCAAUUAUUUGAAAUUGGAUUGUGGACAAGAAUUGGACAGUCACAUUUCACCAUGCAUUAGUCAUUUUUAGGUAACCAAUGACCACAUUAAUUUUUGUUUAGCAUAAUGAUAGGUCAUACAAUUUUUUAAAACUGUUGAUAUGGAAUACUGCUGCAUUCUAAACAGUUGUAAGCCUACAUUCACUAUUCAAAAAGUAAAUAAAGCUGCAUUUAUUAAUGUAACUGUUGUUAACUUUAUUUCCACUUUGUUUUCAGGACGGUAAAGAGGACGGUAUUCGGCGUGGCCGCCCGCGUGCUGACACUGUCCGUGAGUUGAUCAACGAGGGGGAGAGCUCCUCCAGCCGCAUCCGCUGCAACAUCUGCAACCGUGUGUUCCCUAGAGAGAAAUCCCUACAGGCCCACAAGAGAACACACACAGGUGAGAAAAGUCUACAGGCCCACAAGAGAACACAAACAGGUGAAAGCAGAGCACAGAUGUCCCUAACACACUGACACCCAAACUACCAGGACAUUAUGCGGUUCCCUGUGUUACAACACCAAUACACUGCUCACUUUUAUAGGCAUCUGCUAGAAAAAUAGAACAAUUACAAACUAAUAACUCUCUCUGUUCUCUCCCAGGGGAGAGGCCUUACCCGUGUGACUACCCUGACUGUGGCAAGGCUUUUGUCCAGAGUGGCCAGCUAAAGACCCACCAGCGCCUUCACACCGGAGAGAAGCCCUUUGUCUGCUCUGAGAAAGGUGAGCACACAGCUAGACCAUCACCCUUUACAUAGGUGGUACCUUUAGACCUUUCUCAUAGGAGGGGUGCAGAAUCCACCAAAUGGAAAAGCAUUGACACUAACUCUGAUAUCAUUUUUCUCUCCCAAGCCUGUGGCAGUCGCUUUACCCAUGCUAACCGACACUGCCCAAAGCACCCAUAUGCCCGUUUGAAGAGAGAAGACCCCAAGGAGGGACCAGACAAGGCCCAGUCUGUGGACAACAAGGCUGUGGCAGAGUGGCUGGCAAAGUGAGUGGCUCUGGAGGGAGGUGGACAGGCAGAUCAGACAGAUAGUAAAACAAGUGAAGCGAUUGAGCGAUCUCACCUUAUUCUGCACACCCCAAUACUCACCAUAUCCCCCCAUUGUCUCUCUGUGUUGUGGAAGGUACUGGCAGACCCGUGAGCAGCGUGCCCCUGUGCCCACCAAGGGGAAACCCCAGGGCAAGGGUGGGGUGGAGGACCAGGAGCAGCAGGACCCCCGGGAGUUUCUCCAAUCAGAUGAGGAGGAAGAGGAGGAGCCAAUGGAGGAAGAGAAGGGCAACGGGGGCGGGGCUGCCAGACGGAGUCUACAAGAGCAACGGGAGCGUCUCCAUGGUGCGCUGGCGCUCAUUGAGCUGGCUAAUAACCUGUCUGCCUGAAACCCCACCCAUAUCCCAGUGUUGAAACCCUCCCCAGUCAACCCCCUUCUGCCUCCCUGCGCAAUGUGUUCUGGGUAGAAGUUGUCUGUAGGGAAACCCAUCUAGGAUAAGCUUACCCUCCCCAAAUACUUAACCAUUAAUGGGGGGAAAUGCUAAGCGGACCUUAGAUCAGUAUAUGGGGGUAACUUCUUCUCCAUGUGCAGUGUGGGGCAGGCACAAGCUAAAAGCACCUUAUUCAGCUUCCAAUUGUAUCCUUAUUAGGCUGCUAAGAUUGUAGAUUACAGGCGGCUUGGUGGUACCUUCAUUGGGGAGGCCUGGCUCAUAAUAAUGGCUGGAAU